AUGGACGGCAAACUGACCAAAUGGGUCAGCUCCGAGGUUGCACAGGGAAACCAACCAUCAAAACCGGCACCAACCAUUAGGUGCUCACCUGGAUUCGUGCUCUCUGCCAUUGAUCUAUUAACCGAAGAUCAAUAUGCAAAUGUCAAGGCUACUCCAUUUGGUGAAAUUCUGAACCUAAAAGCUGAUGCUCUUGAGUCCAGGAAUUUGCCGGUAUUCCUUAUGAACAAGACUGACAAGGACACUCUAAUAAUCAACGUCGGCACUCAAGGUGGACUGAAAAUUACCCCGCAUGAUGUGCAUUGUGUCAUGGGCACUCCACUUGGUGGUCGUGACCCAUCGGUCUGUUCUGUCACCCAAAAGAAUGAGCUGCUUAGACUCAAGAACGAGCUGAGCGUGCCAGUCGAUCAGAAUAUAACCUACAAAACUCUGUGCGACUAUAUAAAGUUGAAGAGGCCUGAUGAUUUGUCCACAAGAUGUUUCAUUCUGAUUAUAUUCAACUGGUUACUCUUUCCUUCCACAAGGACAUAUAUAUCUGGUAGGGAGGCUGCUUGGACUGCAGACAUUGCUAACAUUGGUGCGAUCGAUUGGUCCAAAGCUGUUGUUGAUUACAUGAGGGAUAGUGUUGCAACAUGGCACUCCAAGAAGAACAACAAUGGAGUAUUGUCCAUUUCUGGUUGUGUGCUCUUUUUAAUAAUUUACUAUUUGGACAAUCUCCUGAGUGUCAAUAUGUUGGAUGCGUCUCAAACACCACGCAUAGCUUUCUACAACACUGGGAAGAUGCAAGCUAUCUUAAGUGAGGAUAAGUCGAAGAACAAGCCAGACUCGGAGUCAUAUGGCAACCUACCGCUUCGGUCCCAGGAGGGUACUUGCUACUUGGAUGUUAAUGCCAACGCGACAUCAGCAAGCCAUGCUCAACCUCAUGCCCAUUCUGUUCUGUUCAUUAGCAUGCUGGAGCAACUCAGGGACUGCGUGGAUCAACUACCUCAAUCGAAGCAGGCUGUGGCAUUUGCUGCUAUACGGAGGUGUGAUGAUUCAGUUGCCAAACUACUUGCUGAUGUUUCUCUCGAACAACGCAAGGUUGUAUCGGAGUUACGCUGCAUAAUGCUCGAUCCUUCGACGUCUUCGCCAUCACCUCCAAUUCAGAGGGAUCCUAAGCCAAUUUCUCGUGCUGCGGCACAUUUGGAUAAUGUAGCGGGCAAUGUGGACAUCGAUCACACUACUAUCUUUGGCCCCAAUAAUGAGAACCCACCUGGGAGAUCUUCAGCCCAACUCGCUCGGGAACGGUCGAUUCAUGACAUUCCUGCUGCUACAGACAAUAUUGAAGUUGAUGGCACCAGUAUACAAUCCGAAGCCGACCGCAGUGUUCAGCGAAACGAUGGUGUGGAUCCCAGCAAGAAUCUUCCAUCGUUAGCAGAUGGCCCACUGCAAGGUUCUCUUACCCAACUGCUCCAGGGUAAUAUCGAAGCUUCUACGACCAAGUCCCAGCAAGAAAGCUUGCUUAACGCAUUUUAUGGACCUUAUGACAAAAGCGAAAAUGAUUGCACAAGUAACCAGCCCAAUAAACCUCAUCAAACAGUUGAGCCACACAAUACUGUUGACUCUAUGAACAACCUUCCACCACCAGACAAACAACAUGGCUCUGACAGCCACUCAAAAACCGAUUGCCCUACUCAUGCUGCUAACUGUUCUGAUGUGGAUGCGCAAGGAAUCACCGAUCCCAUUACGUUUUCUCAAAUGUGUGAAGGCAUUGAAUAUGAUGGAACUGGAUGCCCCUCAUGUGAUGCAGACGCGCGUCUUAUUAAUGAGGUGCACCUUGAUGACCUAGGCCAUGAGCAUGAAGAAGAAGCUGAGAUAGCUCCAACUAACACUGAUGCAGAAAACUUGGGGGUGGGUGUGUCAGACGUAUUCACGGGCCAAAAGUUUGUCAAUGAGGCACAAAUCGAUGCAGAAGCUGCUGAUCACACAGAGCAGGUCUCAAAAGAUGGCCAUUUAUCUGUGGAUGCACCAAUAAUUACUGGUCAAGUCCCAGUUAACCAUGACAAUGAUGCUGAUCGCCAAAUUACUGUCCAUGAACCAAUUAGCCACACAGAACAGUGUACCACCGCAGAGAAAUUUCAGUUGGAAGAUGCCAACACACCUGAAUCCUUAGUAUCCUUCGGUCAGCCAACACAAGAAUGGGAAGUUAGCCAACAACUUCGAGAUGCUAAUAUUCACCCAGACAGAACCCCCCAUUUUGAUACUAGAGAGCCAUCCCACAAAGUGUGUAUUAGGAGUGGCAGUGAAAUCAUCAAAUUACCUCACACUGGAGCGGAGGCUCAACCUACCAACCUACAGCAGUCUGCCUCCACUGCACAACAGGCUGCCCACACUAUCCAGGUCUCUGAUGCAUCUGCUCUACAGCUGUCUCCCAGGCGCUCGGCGAGAUUUAAAAAAACAGAUGUUUCUACGGAAAAACAUACACUUGUUCGCACCGCCAAGAACAUGGAGAAGGACAAAACCAAUGUCCCAAGCUUUGUGAACCCCAACCAAUUCGGAGCUCCUGGAAAUGUUCUGCAAUGCGGUCAACUACCAGUUAUCGUAAAGAGGAUCAGGAAGAGACCAUUGAAGAUCAUUUCUCCAUUUAAAUUACAUCCUGUUAAGUCUACCAUUUCUCUCAACCACGCCCGAAAACUCCGUGACAUAGUAAUCAACGACCUUGAUCUCAAAAAGACUGGACUUCUUGCUUAUGAACCUUCUAAGUUAUAUCUUACUGGCAUGGAUCUCGCAAAAAGCUUCGGCGAUGGGGCAUCAAUGCUACCCAGCUUGAUGGAAUACUACAUAGACAUUCUGCGUCACGAUGAGAUUAAAUUAAGGCCCACGUCGGCUGGGUACAGGAUGUUCCUUCGUUGGUCACUAUCGUUCCACCUUAAUGUCGAUGCUCGGCACGAGACGCAAUCCUUCAAUCCUACUUUCAUUGAGGCACUAUUAAAGGAAGACCUCGCGGAUAAAGACCCUCAAGAUGUUCGCAUGGUAAGAUAUUAUGGGUAUCCCAUCAGGGCAGUCAUUUCUCAGUUUAUUGUGUGA